UUCUCUUGUACUUCUAAUGUUUUAAGUGAAUUUGUAUAAAUUAUUUGAGAACAGGUCGACUGAACUUCUUUUACUUUUACUCAGCAUUUGGGCCUCAUCGUGGGGGCUACUGCGGGGUAACAUAUACACGAAGUGGUCACGUUGGGGCACCAAAAUCCACUUCACUGCAGCAGACAUACAACACAUCGCAUAUUUCAAUUUGCAUUGCUACGUUGACAUUUCAUGAUGAGAUUAUAGUCAACGUCUUUACCUUCAUUUCGAAAUCUGAAUUCAUACAUUGAACCUUCAAGAUGAGUUUUGGUGAAUCUCCUUCAGAUAUCAUAACUGUGGUAGCUUUUUGCGGCGAAUUAUACCGAAAAUGUCGAGCAGCAGGUGGUGAAUAUGAUGAAACAACUCGAGAAGUUCGUGGUUUGCAUACCGUUCUUAAACAUCUAAAAUCAGAAGUCAAGGAUGGGGAUUCUCCACUCAAUAAGGAUCGGAGUAUAUGGGUAAGACAAUUGGCGCCAAUUAUUUCGGAUUGCAAUUUUACCCUGAAGCAGCUUAAUGGGUUGUUGUUCGAAUAUGGAAGACUAUUUGGAGGGAGUGCGGUUGAAAAUGGUAGUAGUAAGAUUUCGUGGGAUGGAAAGAGGUUUGGAAAUAAUGAGAUGGAUAGAUUGGGUGCGAUUAGAGUGAAGAUGACAUCGCAUAAAACGAGUUUAACAGUAUUUCUUGAUACUAUACAAUUACAAGAACAAGGGAAUAAGGAAAUGGGUUUAAGUGUACAGCGGGAACAGCUAGAUAUCAUUUUGGACAAGGUAGACCAUAUUGCAGCGAGGAUGAGCCACAAGGGUGGGACUUUCAUGACCAGUUAUGAGGAUGGUGAUAAGGAAAUUUGGAAACAGUUCAGGAGGAGACUGAUUGCGGAGGGAUUUUCUAGUGAUGUUUUGCGAAAACACAAGGUAUUUGGAUAUUCUAAUUCUGAUAGAACAAUGACUUUUCUACUAACAAUAAGUAGGAUGUCCUAAGAGCAUAUAUACGGCAGAUGGAGCAAGACGGCCUACUUGCCAGAGAACCACCUACGCUCCAAAUUCCCAGCCCAAUGAGCCCCCAUCCUGAACGUUGGAUUAACUCAACACAUUCCAAAUCAUCUCAUGCACAACCACUUUCUUUCGAUUCUAUUGGUAGGGAUGACAGUGGGGUAAAAGAAAUGAUACAGCGAGAAGAAAAUGUGAGAUUCCCAACAUCGAUGAAAUUGGAAAGACUAAAGCCAGAGCCUCAUUUGGAUACAUGGUUCGAAGGACAACCGGAGCGACAACCUUCUUCUAUUCGUGGCCAAUUAUCUCCAUCCUUAACUCCAAAAAUCUCAGCCGCACAACUUAUAAAGCCAGAACGGCAAUUGGACACAAGCGGCUCAGAAUAUGACACGUCAUCUAUCCAUCGACAUCAGACGAAGUCUCCGCCCAAUAUAAUUCAAACAAGUGACCUGUCCCUCUUUCCUGUCAUCGAAACCCCACAACUUUUUCCUCCACCAUCUCCAUCAACUCAUCACUUACAGUCUCACCCCAACGAAGCAACACGAUCUAUGGCUCUUAAACCAAGUCGACGUUCUGACAGGGCAACAUCAAAACGCACACGUCGCGUACGAUUUGAUCUUUCAGACAGUCAACCAUCACCUAAAAUGAAUACACCUGUCACUGUAACUAGUCCGAGACAUGAUUCCACAGUACCUGUGGCGAGAUUGGGCCCUGAUUCAAAUGGAAAAGAGAUCUCGCCUGGUGCAAUAUGGACAAGGGUUAAGAGAUCUUUGAUAUCGCUUGAAGUUCUGGAUCAAGAUGGAAGACGGUAUGAAGUGUAAGUUAUUACUCAUAUCUGCUAUUUUCAUAAUCAUAAAUUAAACGGGUAUUGACAAGAUAUCACAGUCGUCCAGAAUCUGUGGCGAUAUUGGGUUUCCUUACCAAAGAGGAAAUUCAGAACUAUGCCUCCCGCUCCCACACCUUGAGAGAAGAACGAUGGCGUAAACAUCAUCUAGUAGCAAUGGGUCCUGAAGAAGGAUCUACAAAGGAGAAACUUCCGGAAACAAGACGAAGAAGAAACUCAUCGUGUUCUGACAGUUCAUCCGGUGGGAAUAGUACCUCGGCUUCAGACUCAGACUCAGGCUGGAAUUCAGACUCAGAGUCAGAGUCAGACUCGAACUCUGACUCCGAAUCCGACUCAAACUCAGACUCGGACUCGGAUGAUGAUAGCCACCGAAAGAAGGGAAAAGGCCAAGACAAAAAAGAAAGCAAUGUGGAUAAAAGGGAAGACCGACGUGAAAGAGGAGAAAGAGGAGAUGAACAAGACAGAGCAGAACGACGAGAAUGCGUGGAGAGAAACGAUCGUGAUCGCGAACCCUCUUAUACCUUCUCUCCUACCCCUGCACCAUACCUGUCUUCUCCCAAAAAUCAAUCCCAGCCUUUCGCAGCCUCACCAAACACAUACAAGCCGUCUUCUCCCAGAAAUGAACCCCAGUCUUUCUCAGCCUUACCAAACACAUACAAGCCGUCUUCUCCCAGAAAUGAACCCCAGUCUUUCUCAGCCUUACCAAACACAUACAAGCCGUCUUCUCCCAGAAAUGAACCCCAGUCUUUCUCAGCCUUACCAAACACAUACAAGCCGUCUUCUCCCAGAAAUGAACCCCAGUCUUUCUCAGCCUUACCAAACACAUACAAGCCGUCUUCUCCCAGAAAUGAACCCCAGUCUUUCUCAACCUUACCAAACACAUACCAGUCAUCCCCCCGAAAUGAACGCCAGUCGUUCUCAACCUUACCAAGCACAGUCCCAAUCGACACACCUAGUCUGUCAAAUAUCCCCGGCUUAGAUCAAUCACUACAUGGAUACGCACCACCUCCAAUGCCAUUUCUCCCACAGCAGGCUUUUUUACAACCAUCCAUUUACCCAAUACGGACUCAAGAGGCAUACGCCCCAGGACCUUCAUAUCCCGAUCCAUUCCUCUCUCCCCACCUCUACGCCGAUCCCCCGCACUCGCCCUUCUCAUCCAUACCUACAUAUCCUCCCUCCCAAUCAACAUCUUUUCGUCUCUUUCCUUCUUCCUCUAAUAAAGCCUACGAUACAGAACACAUCCCUCGUCGCCGUAGCCAUCGUCGUUCACAUUCUCACUCUCAUCACUCCCGAGAUCGCGAUUAUAAUUCUCAUAGAUCGAGAAAUAGGGAUAGGGAUAGGGAUAGGGAUAGACAUAGACAUAGAGAUGCAGAUGGUUUCGGAAGAACACCUUUGACAGGUAGUGGGUGGCGGGAUCAUCUUGCUGUGGCGGGACUUGGGGGCGCGGCGUUGGGAUUUUUGACUUUGUUGAGUGAGACUGCUGAUGGACUUUAGAGGUGGUGGUCAGGGGUUGUUGGUAGAGUGGCGUUUUAUUUGGAGGGAGGGAAGUGGAGGGAGAUGGGUGAUGUGAUAGUAUAGUAUGAAGAAAUUGGUGAAAUGAAAGGAUGAAGACAAGACAUGACAUGAACGAAUUUAUGACUGAAAGGUUAGGCACGGCACUGUAUGUUUUGGUAUGGAAACGGAGUCUAAGGAAUGGUUUUGACGGUUUGACGAUUGACGAUUGAUGAUUAAACGAUAACUUCAAAAACUAGGAGUUGUAUCAACAUCAUCAUCGAGUAUACCGUUUCAUUUAUGGUUUUUAUCUUCUUAUCUAGGGUUAUUUCCUAUUUCAGUAACAAAAUAUCAUCGAUACCGCUAUGACACCGAUAUCAUGCAUAUAUACACACUCUUUUUAUUUUCAAAAUUUAUCUUGGAUAUUCAAUAUUUAUCGUCCUGGUUUCUAAUAAAUGAGCUUUGUUGUUUCUUUUGUGGUGACUGUGUCUUGAAUGAUCUUGUAUAUGUAUA